GUCAAAUCUGGAAAUGGGUUUGCUCAAGGAUAAUCUUUUCACUCUCUCUGGGUUUUACUAUUUAGUUUGCGAUUAGGAGUUUUCCUUUUCCUACUAUCCAAACAUAUUGUAGUUCGGAUUUUCGACUUAAAAAACUGGGUUUAUUUAAUCAUUGUGAAAUAGGUCUUGUCUGUGUGUGUUGAGCAAGGUUACUUUUGAGCUUGCAAUAUGUCAGACCUUGAGGCCCCCUUGCGUCCAAAGAGGAAGAAGAUCUGGGUGGACUACUUCGUCCAAUUCCGUUGGAUUCUUGUCAUUUUUGUGGUCCUCCCAAUCUCCUUCACUCUUUACUUCCUGACAUAUCUCGGAGAUGUCAAAUCAGAAAGGAAGUCUUUCAAGCAGCGUCAGAAGGAACACGAUGAAAAUGUCCAGAAAGUCAUAAAACGCCUCAAACAGAGAGAUCCAUCAAAGGAUGGUCUUGUCUGCACAGCCCGUAAACCUUGGAUUGCUGUUGGGAUGCGAAAUGUUGACUACAAGAGGGCUAGACACUUUGAGGUUGAUUUAUCUGCCUUCCGGAAUAUCCUUGACAUUGACAAGGAUAGGAUGAUUGCAAGAGUCGAGCCCUUAGUUAACAUGGGGCAGAUUUCUAGGGCGACAGUCCCCAUGAAUCUUUCCCUUGCUGUGGUUGCUGAGCUUGAUGAUCUUACUGUUGGUGGUCUCAUUAAUGGCUAUGGAAUUGAAGGAAGCUCUCACAUUUAUGGCCUGUUCUCUGAUACCGUUGUGGCUUAUGAAAUUGUUCUAGCGGAUGGCAGAGUUGUUAGAGCUACCAAGGAUAACGAGUUCUCCGAUCUUUUCUAUGCUAUUCCAUGGUCUCAGGGAACACUAGGACUUCUUGUGGCUGCAGAGAUAAAACUUAUUCCUGUGAAGGAAUACAUGAGGGUGACGUACAAACCGGUGGUGGGUAAUCUUCAAGAGCUGGGACAGGGAUACAUUGAUUCUUUUGCUCCUAGAGAUUGUGACCAAGACAACCCUGACAAGGUUCCGGACUUUGUUGAGACAAUGAUUUAUAAUCCAGCAGAGGCCGUGUGCAUGACGGGCCGAUAUGCAUCCAAAGAAGAGGCCAAGAAAAAGGGGAAUGUGAUCAACAGUGUUGGGUGGUGGUUUAAACCUUGGUUCUAUCAGCAUGCUCAGACGGCAUUGAAGAAAGGGGAAUUUGUGGAGUAUAUCCCAACAAGAGAGUACUACCACAGACACACAAGGUGUUUGUACUGGGAGGGAAAGCUUAUUCUUCCUUUUGCCGAUCAAUGGUGGUUUAGGUUUCUCCUUGGCUGGAUGAUGCCUCCCAAGGUUUCUCUCCUCAAGGCUACUCAAGGCGAAGCGAUCAGAAACUAUUACCAUGAGAUGCACGUCAUUCAGGACAUGCUUGUUCCUCUAUACAAGGUUGGAGAUGCUCUGGAGUGGGUCCAUCAGGAAAUGGAGGUAUACCCCAUCUGGCUCUGCCCUCACAGACUCUACAAACUACCAGUCAAAACCAUGAUUUAUCCUGAGCCAGGCUUUGAGCUACAUCGCAGACAGGGAGACACACAUUACGCUCAAAUGUACACAGAUGUCGGAGUAUAUUAUGCUCCGGGCCCCGUCUUAAGGGGUGAGGUUUUUGAUGGUGCGGGAGCAGUUCGCAAGAUGGAGGAUUGGCUGAUCAAGAAUCACGGAUUCCAGCCACAGUAUGCAGUGUCGGAGCUUUCUGAGAAAAGCUUCUGGAGGAUGUUUGAUGCCGGCCUCUACGAGCACUGCAGGAGGAAGUAUGGUGCUGUCGGAACCUUCAUGAGCGUCUACUAUAAGUCAAAGAAGGGGAGGAAGACCGAGAAGGAGGUUCGGGAAGCUGAGCAAGCCCACCUUGAGACUGCAUAUGCUGAGGUCGAUCAACCUGCGGACUGAUCAUCUUAAAAGUUAAAACUCGGUAAUAACCUUUUGUGUGUUUCGUGUUAUUUGCCAACUGUUUUUUUUUAAAAAAAAAAAAAAACUAGUUUCGGGUUCUCUUUGAACUUGCAUUUUCGGAGCUACUGACUGCUAUUAGUCGUUUGAGUUUUCUUUUCGGAUUGUAUUGAACUCUGACGUUUGUUAGUCAUUAGUCUUUUGAAUUACCCAGUUCCUUGUCC